UUCCCAUGUGAAAAUUGUGACAAGAUAUUUACAGAUCCUAGUAAUUUACAACGCCAUAUAAGGUCGCAGCACAAUGGAGCCAGGUCACAUGCUUGUGUGGACUGCGGGAAGACGUUCGCAACAUCAAGUGGAUUGAAACAACAUCAACACAUUCAUAGCAGCGUUAAGCCGUUUAUUUGUGAAGUUUGUCUGAAAUCCUACACCCAAUUCUCCAAUUUAUGUCGUCAUAAACGCAUGCAUGCCGAUUGUCAUCGUUACUGCUGUAAAUAUUGCGGAAAACAUUUUCCACGUUCUGCAAAUUUGACACGUCAUUUGCGAACACAUACUGGCGAGCAGCCUUAUAACUGUAAAUAUUGUGAAAGGUCCUUUUCAAUUUCGUCCAAUUUGCAGCGCCAC